AUGGUGACGGUAUUGCGGUUACAGGCCAUACAAAUCCCUUCUCCCCAGGGCUUCAAUCGCGUUCCUACCCAUCCUCAUUCUUCAAUCGUCUGCUACUGUGCAUACAUACCGCCUCUGGCCCUUUUAAUUUCAAAUUUUGCAUAUACGUCCAUCGCGUCUUCCCACGCGAGCUUGCAGCUUGUGUUGUGGGGCAUUGCUUGCCAGCUCGAUCAGUUUUCCACGCUAAGCGUAGGGCCAAACAUUCUCCUUGCCCUAAAUAUUAUAGCGGUUCUGCUGCGAUCCUCCAGUACAGAUCCACUAGUGCUUAUAUGCAUUUUUGGGUACUCUCUCCUGUCUGGAUUCAUAAUAUCUAAUUAUCUUCUGUGA